AUCUCCGAGGCCCACGCUCUAGCUCACUGUCUUCAUCGUUUCGAGGCGAUCGAGGUCGAGCGGGCGAGAGGAAGCAGCGAUGUCGGCGGCGAUGGAGGCCGGAAGCGCCAUCUCCAAUCGAAAUAGGGCCAUAGUUUCCGCUCUUUGUAAACGCCUCUCCAUCGAUCCCAAGAGUAUUUCAACCGAUAGUAUUGGGGGAUAUGACCUUAUGAGCUUAUAUUCAAAUAUUUUGAAAUUAUCAGCUAGCGGGGUUCACUUAGAUAACCAAACUGAGAUUAUGAAGUGGGUCAAAUUUGCAAGUGACUUUCCUUGUGAAGCCAAUGCUUAUCGUGCAACACUUAAGCAGCUGAAUGAAGACCUAAAUCAAAGGGCUGUUCUUUUGGGUGAUGGGCUCAAACCUUCCGAGGCUGAUAUUAUUGUUUUUUCAGCAGUGCAUUCAAUUUUGACUCAUCUUACUAAUGCUGAAGUGCAAGAAUUUCCUAACUUGAUGAGGUGGAUGGACUAUAUCCAGAAUAAAGUGGACUUUGGUGGAGCAUUUGAGACAGUUGUUGUCAACAAGCCUGCUUUUGAACUUUUUUUCUCAAAAAAAUUAAAGGCAGAUAGUGAGUUGCCUUCAAACAAAGCUUCUCGAGAUCUGAGGAACGCAGACAAACCUGAACAAAACAUAAAUGCGAAUAAGGGAACUGCAGAGAAAAAUGUUGCUGCCAAUGUAAAAGCUACUGAAACCCCAAAAAAUAGUAAAUCAACUGAGGAGAAAAAGAAAUCAUCAGAAAAAGAUUCUGCUGAAAAGGACACAGAGGCUAGUAUCUCCAUUCUUAACAUACAGGUUGGUAUCAUUCGCAAGGCAUGGAAGCAUCCAUCUGCGGACAGUUUAUUGGUUGAGGAGAUUGACUUGGGUGAAGGCAACUUGCGACAAGUUGUUAGCGGUCUUGCAAAGUAUUGUAGCCCUGAGCAACUCACUAAUCGUCGUGUUGUGCUGAUUUCAAAUGUAAAGCCAGGAAAACUUCGAGAUGUGAUGUCUGCUGGCUUGGUCUUAUGUGCUUCCAAUCAAGACCACACAGUUGUUGAGCCAAUAGUACCUCCAGAAGGUGCAGCUAUUGGAGAGCGCAUAAUAGUUGCAGGUCAUGAUGGGAAGCCUGAGGAUGUUUUAAAUCCAAAGAAGAAGCAGCUGGAGAAGAUAACUCCGCUUAUGUUCACGGACGACAAGGGUGUUGCAACAUACAAGGGAAUACCCUUUAUGACAUCUGCAGGGCCAUGCUCAUCUUCCAUUCCCAAUGCAAGUAUCAAAUGAACUAUGUUUUCCAGUUGUAUAAUGUUCUAUUCAAGUCCUGCAUUGCGACUGCUCCUCGCUGAAUCGAUAUCUCUGUAUUUGGACACACAUUGUAUGAAUCAUAUUAUGUUUUCCUACUCAUAAUCCCACAAGUUUUGACAAUGGAAGCCGUUUGUCAUACUACGGAAUUUGUGAUAUCUGAAUGAUGGUUCAUUAGUGACAGUUUUUAUGGGUUUAUUUCA